GCUUACACAAGUGUACGGUGACCAGAGCCUUUCUCUACGUCUCCUUCUAACACUCUGCUUCUGUCCCUCUUAACCUGAAUAGAAAUGUCUGUGGGUCAGCUGUGUCUGACUCUGAUGCUUGGUCAGGUGAGCUAUGGAAUGAAUCUCAACCGCUAUUGGCUGUCUUGGAAAACUGAAUACAAUAAAACAUACAGCACAGUGUGGGAGGAAACAUGGAGGAGAGCAGUUUGGCAGCAGAAUGUUGUAGAAAUGAUCAAACACAAUGUUGCAGCAUCAGAAGGACAGCACACCUACACCCUGGGAACGAAUCACCUCUCAGACAUGACAGCAGAUGAAGUGAAUGUACAGCUGAACGGUCUGCGGCCGGAACAUCUUCCUCCUGGUGGCACAAACGUCAGUUUCACUUUCCUGAGUGAAAUGCACCUGAUUCCCCUGACAGUGGACUGGACUGAGAAGGGUCUGGUCAGCCCUGUGGAGAACCAGGGUCCAUGCGGGUCUUGCUGGGCCUUCAGUGCAGUGGGAGCGCUGGAGGGACAGAUGAAAAAGCAUACAGGCCUUCUGGUUCCUCUCAGCCCACAAAAUCUGGUGGAUUGCAGCGUUGCCAUCGGCAAUCACGGCUGCAAAGGGGGAUAUCUCAGCAAGGCCUUUACUUACAUCAUUCAAAACCAAGGAAUCGACUCAGACUGUGUCUAUCCCUACGAACACAGGGAGGGGAGAUGUCGUUAUACUGUGCGGGGAAGAGCUGCUUACUGUUCGGGUUUCCAAAUUCUUCCACGGAAUAAUGAGUUAGCACUGAUGCACGCGGUGGCCAUGGUGGGGCCCGUGUCUGUGGGCAUCAACGCCAACCUGCCUUCAUUCCACAGAUACAGAAGUGGCAUUUACAAUGAUCCAUUAUGUAACUCUCGCCUCGUUAACCAUGCUGUUUUGGUGGUGGGCUAUGGAACAGAGAAAGGACAAGACUAUUGGCUUAUCAAAAACAGCUGGGGUACCGCAUGGGGAGAGAAGGGAUUUUUUCGAUUACCCCGCAACAAAAACCAGUGUGGGGUUGCCACAUUUGCCAUUUACCCGACACUCUGAACCCCUCCUCCCUUUACUCUCCAUCUUUCUUUCCCCUCUUUUCUCUCUCUUGUAUGAAGAAAAUCUCUGUGCGUAAUUGUACUUUAGCUUUGAUGAUUUUUUGAUGAAGUUUUUUUUUGUUUAUAAUACAAACUCAAGAUCAAUGAAACAAAUUGAUGGCACUUUUAUUUCACAUUUAGGAAAAGUGUUACUAGAUUCUAAAACAAUUUAAUAAAAUGGUUAAACCCCA